AUGGCCGCCGAUGAGGAACUCAUUUCCCUAAUUAGUAUGAGUAGGCCGGAAGUUAGGCGACUGAGAAGGUUCAUUAAAAAGAUGGGUGGCCAGCUAUCGUCUUGGGGUCUUGAAAAGUUAAAAAAUAUCUUGUCCAAGUCCACACACGAGACAACCACACCAAUAACAGCUUCAAACUCUGCAGAUCUCUGCUGCUUACCAACAUCUCAACAACAACAACAUCAUCAACAACAACAAAAUCAUAAGCAACAACAACAACAACAACAAUCUUUUAGUCUAUUAAAAACCAAGAAAAGCCACCAAAAGCCGAAACUGACGGCAUGCAUGAUCAGCCUUCCCCUGAAUGAUCUCAGACACACCAGGCACUUUGAAAGUGAUCCCAACAAUACUGCUGCUGUUGAUGCUGCUGUGGCUACUGCAGCGGCUGCUGGUAUUUCAGUUCCGGGUGGAAGUGCUAAUGGCAAUGAUGAUGCCGAUGAUGAAAGUUUCGAAGAUAAGCGAUUUUCCUUCAAAGCAAUACCCAUCAGUAAACUCAACAGAAACAUCAACAGCAUCAACAUCAAUGCCAUUAAUAACACCUAUGGCGACGACGCCACGUUAAGGACAGCAGCAGUUGCAGUAGCAACUACUACUAGCGCAUCUAUCCUCCCGUCUAUAACAACAAAACCGUCAAAAUCACCCAACAACAACACAAACAUCAACGACAACAUCAACAACACAAACAUCAGCGAAGGCACGCCGCCGAAACAUUCGCUAAGAAUUCUACUAUCGUCAUUGUCGUCAUCGUCGUCACAGUUUCCUCAAGGUCGAGCGGAGGCUUUCAAGGUCAAGUCCAGUCCUUCCAGUUAUAGUGUCGUUAGUGCCGACCUAUCUCACGUUGCCAGCAUUGUAUCUAGUGACACUCUAACAGAUGUUAGCAGCCUGCCGGGCGAGCUUGGAAGUGAUGAUGAUGAUGAUAAGAACGGUUAUGAUGAUGAUGACAACGAUUACAACGAUGCUGAUGAUGAUGCUAAACAGAUCGCCGAUGGUGAUGACGAUGAUGGGGAGGAUGAGGAAGAUGAUGAGGAUGAAACAACCUUUGAUAUAACGGAUAAUGAUGAUGGGGGUAGUAAUUUAACCGAUGAGGAUUUGAACAAUGCUAACAACAACAACGUCGAUGAUGAUGAUGAUGAUCAUCAUCAUCAGCAAAAUGCAGAUCUUUCGUCUUCUUUAUUUGAAGAAGUUAUGAUGGCUCUAACGUAUAACAACAACAACAACAGCAACAAAAACAUUAACAAAAAUAGCAACAAAAACGUCAACAACAACAACAAUGACGUCAUUAGUGCAGUUGUUGAAGCUCCUAAAUCUAUCGCUACAACGGCAACUGCAAAAAAUCUCAACAACAACAAAACAAAAGUCUUUCAAAAUAGGUUAGCCUUCUCUGAGCCCCGUCUAGACGACUCAACAGCAACCACCACAACGACACCAUCGGCCGCACCAACAGCAACCACAACAUCCACGACUUCAUCAUCGACAUCUCUAACCAGCUGCACAAACGCCAACGACCACGAUGAUUGCAGUGGUAUACUACGCAGCCACAACAACCGCAACUGCAACAGCAGCAGCAGCAACAACAACACACACCCACACAACAACAUUCAGAACCGGACUACAGACUCCUCUUUGUCGUCGGGAUCUGACGGGAAAUCGUCAACAUCGUCACUUUCUUCUGACAUGACAGCCAUCUUUCCAUUGUCCUCCAUCACCAGUUUGUCUACCGCCGCCAUUGAAAGAACCAAAGAUGAUAAAUCGUCUCAGUCAGUUUUAUCGAAAAUUGGUCAGGUACUGAGUGGUGGUCAUAAGGCGAAAGGUAGCGUUAGAAUGAGUGGUAAAGGUGGUCGCUGCAGCAGUAGCAGCAACAACAACAACAAUGGUAGUAACUUAGGUCCACGCCGUCUGUCGCACAUCUCUAUAGCAAGCGCUAUAUCCAGAUUGUCUACAUCCGUCAAACACAUGAGUCUCGACAGCAGAAACCACCACAACAACAACAAAAAAUACUGCAACACCAACAACAAAUACUGCAACAACAGCAAUACCGACAACGAUCCUAACAAGUCAUUAUCAUCUUCAAGUUUUUCUGGUUUUGACAGCAAGUUAAAAAUAAGCGGGAACACUGCAACAGACACCCAACAGCAGCAGCAGCAGCAAGACACAUCCAGCCUUCAUUCAUCAAACAUGGCACUCAGUGACAAAUCUUCCGGCAACCAGAAAACUCGCCGGUCGUCACUCAUGCUCUCGGCAGUGUUCGGCGGCAGUAGCAGCAGCAACAAGAGGUCAGUUUCAAAUCACAGCAAACACAAACUUCCGCCACUCGCUACCACAAACUUCAACACCAACGUUUCAUUCUUCGACAAGUUAAGAGAGCAAGAACGAGAGAGGGAGGAAAAAGAGAGACAGAAAUUGUUGAGGUGCACGAAAGUGACGCUGGACCAGUUGAAAGAUGAAGAGAGGAUUAGUGAAGAUAGCGGGGUUGUACUUCCGGCGGCCAGAUUAUCAUCGACCAGCACAUCCCUGGAACAGCUGGAGAAGCCGGAACAUAAGAGGCACAGUUUAAAUAUGGCAAGUAACAGACCAACGAACGUAUCUUCAACAACUUCUGCUGGCGUCGCCACGGCUUACGCGGUAGGGAAGAGGUUCCAACAUUCCUCGCUCAAUAUUGACUCUAAACCAAUUAUAAACGGUUUGUGUGACCAUUGUCUCAAUAGCGGCGACGACGAUGGUGGUGGUGGUGGAGUGAGUAAAUAUGGUAACGGCGAUGUCUAUAAUAAUCAUAAUCGUCAGAGUGACUCGCGGCAAAAUGACGUCACCAAUCAUCAUGUCGGGAUGACGUCAUCGUGUUCGAACGACGGCGAGAAGCUUCUCCAUAGCGACCUCUCUGACUUCUCAGAUUUGUUGAAUAAGUUUUCUUAUAAAAAUCUCAACAACAGCAACAACAACAAUAUGGUGACGUCUCAACACGAAGAAUACCAGCAGCAGCAACAACAAAAACAUCAUCAAGCAGAUUUGUACGACAUUGACGAGGUUGAUAAGACUCCAACUGUUGAAAAAACUAUUAAUUUCGAAUUGUUGGAAAAUGAAUAUUCUGUGAAAAAGCAACAACAACAACAACAGCAACAACAACAUUCACAACUACAACUACAGCAACAACAACAUUCACAACAACAACUACAACAACAACAACAACAACAACGCUAUGAAGACUUAAACGCUGCCCAUAGUGACAAACCCAAAAUUAACUUCAACAUCAUCAGCGGUUACAGUAUGACUUCCAGUAACAUCAGUAACAACAACAUCAACUGCAACAACAACAGCAACAUCAACUGCAACAACAACAUCAACUGCAACAACAACUGCAACAACAACAACACAACAUCACUAUUUUUUACAAGACAAAGGAGUUACUCAUCUGGCAGUGAAUCGCCUGAUGUUGUUGACGUUUAA